AUGUCUGAAGGAGAGUUCACCAGAGCGCGGCCAAUUAGUAUGGCUACUCGAAAAGACGGCGUUCUGUCACCCGGAGCAAGACCGACACUUGAGGACGUGCUCAACAACAAAGCACCGUCGCCUUACACCCUAGCCGCGUACACAGCUUUUCUAUCACAACAACACUGUCUAGAAACUCUGGAGUUCACCACAGAAUCUAAAAGGUACGCCGAUAAAUACGAUGAAGCAGCAGCCGGCAUGGCCGGCAUGCCUCUCACGAUCGAGACGCAGCAAGGAUGGGAGCUGAUCCAAGAUUGGCAACGCAUACUGGAGAUAUAUGUCAAGCCUGGUGCCCCGCGAGAGAUCAACUUACCUUCGGAGGAGCGGGACGAUUUGAUGGAGCGUUCAUACGAUUUCGCGCCGCCCCAACCUGAACACCUGGACGCAGCGGUAAAGCGAAUGUACGACCUGAUGUCGGAUUCCAUCUUCAUACCCUUCUGCAACAGCCUUAAACAGGUUUCAUAUGCACAGACAUAUAACGUCAUGUCCGACUAUGACGACCCGACUGAUCUUGAGCCAACACGACUGACUUUUGAUGAACGAUCCUUGCAUCGCCGAAUGCCUUCUCGCAGACGGCGAUCACCUCCAAACACGUCAGCAGGGCCACUCGAGACAUCUCGGUCACCUCCACAACACCACCGCCCAACACAGUCCUCCUCCUUGUCGUCAGCGUUAGGUCGACAGAGCGGAGCACGCUUAUCGACGCACAUUUCACAUUCGUCAGCAAUCUCGGAGAGUGCCUUGACUGACUCUAGCGGAGGGCCCGAAAGCCCUCCUGCUGGCGAGCUGCUGGAUCACGAGCCCAUCAUGACCCCGCCUACUACCCCGCCCACGAGCGAGCUCGGUGGCACUGCCAGUCAUGGGAGUGCAAGCGGAAUGUCCGCGAUCAAAACCCAGCGUAGUGAAAGCGGCGGUUGGAAGAAAGCGAUGAAGAUCUUUAGUGGUGGGAAAAAGAAGAAUGGCAGCAAUGAACACGAAUGA